CCACCCCCCCGCCGCUUCUCCAGUCUAGCAGCCGCAAGCACCGCGGGGAGUCGCUCGCCACUGGAGCAGGAGGCGCAUCCCAUCAGGGUCCAGGCCUUGGGGAAGCCACAGCUUCCUGGUGGGGCUCGUCGGAAAUGGCCCCAGGGGCUCCCCCGGUGCUGCUUCUGCUGGGACUGCUGUUGCUGCCGCUGCUACCUGGAUUCCCGCCCCGAGCCACUGGCUGUCCCGCUGCCUGCCGCUGCUACAGCGCCACUGUGGAGUGCGGCGCCCUACGGUUGCGUGUCGUCCCACCGGGAAUCCCCCCAGGGACGCAGACGCUGUUUCUGCAAGACAACAGCAUCGCGCACCUGGAGCAAGGCGCCCUGGCGCCUCUCGCUGCCCUGCGCCACCUCUACCUGCACAACAAUACCCUGCGGGCGCUGGAAUCGGGUGCCUUCCGUGCACAGCCGCGCCUGCUUGAACUGGCGCUCACCGGCAACCGGCUUCGGGGAUUGCGAGGCGGUGCAUUUGUGGGCUUGGUCCAGCUACGCGUGCUUUACCUGGCUGGAAACCAGCUGGCGAAGCUGCUGGAUUUCACCUUCUUGCACCUGCCGCGACUGCAGGAGCUGCAUCUUCAAGAAAACAGCAUUGAGUUACUGGAGGACCAGGCCCUGGCUGGGCUUUCCUCCUUGGCCCUGCUGGACCUCAGCAGGAAUCAACUGGGCACCAUCAGCAGAGAGGCCCUGCAGCCUCUGAGCAGCCUACAAGUCCUGCGCCUCACAGAGAACCCGUGGCGAUGUGACUGUGCCCUUCACUGGCUAGGCUCUUGGAUCAAAGAGGGGGGCCGCCGGCUGCUGAGCUCCAGAGACAAGAAGAUCACAUGUGCAGAGCCCCCACGCCUGGCGCUUCAGAGUCUACUAGAAGUAUCUGGUGGCAGCCUCAUCUGCAUUCCUCCCUCUGUGAACGUGGAGCCCCCGGAGCUCACAGCUAACCUGGGGGAGGACCUGCAGGUAGCCUGCCAGGCAUCGGGAUACCCACAGCCCCUGGUGGUCUGGAGAAAGGUGCCCCAGCCUCGUGAUGGCAAACCUCAAGCCCAAGCCCAGCUGGAAGGUGGGACAUCAGGCUUGGGUGGGCAUGCGACCCGUGACACCGGGAGCGGCAUGCUCUUCCUCACCAACAUCACACUGGCUCACGCCGGCAAGUACGAAUGCGAGGCCGCCAAUGCUGGCGGCAAAGCGCGUGUGCACUUCCAUCUCCUGGUCAACGCGUCCCGGCAGCAGUCACAGCAGCCACCCGCCCUGCAGGCCCCGGCUACACGCCCUGUGGGACACGAGCCCCGGCACGAGGCGGGUAGCAUGGCCUUCCGCGCCCUGGGCCUAGCAACGCAGACAGCGAUCGCGGCAGCCAUCGCGCUGCUGGCGCUCACUGCGCUCUUGCUGGCUGCCAUGAUCUGCCGGCGCCGACGCCGGCGGAAAAAGGUGCCUGCGCCGCCGGGGGAAGGCACACUGUUCGUCAACGACUAUUCAGACGGGCCUUGCACCUUUGCGCAGCUCGAGGAACUCCGAGAUGAACGCGGGCACGAGAUGUUCGUCAUCGACCGUUCCAAGCCCCUGUUCGCUGAGGUACCGCCUGAGGAGGCGCCAGAACAAAACCCUCCCGAAGGGCUCAAGUCUGGGCUACGCCUCCCUCCACGUGUCGCUUAUGAGAUCCAUUGCUAAGUCCGCCGCGCGUGUCAAUGACGUGGGCACCGGGGAUUGGCCGGUGCAGCCCCGCACCUGUUCAUUAGUAAAGUUGAAGCCGCACAACAGCGCUGUGUGUUGGAGCCUUCAGGUCGGGAGUCGCACUACAGCGCGGUGUUGGGGUCGUCAGGUCGGGAAUCAUGGGUCUGUGAAUGCUAGGGGCCAUGGAUAAGGUGUCCCCAGCUGCAGC